CUCAUAAUGAGUGACUAGUAAUAAUCAUUCUCUUAACUUCAAACUAACUGGAAAUUUGACGAUAAUACAUAUCGAUUGUAAAUCAUCUUGAAGACAUCACUAGAAGCUUCAAAAUGUCCGUUAAUCCUACACAAACAAAUCCUAAUUCUGUUCAAGUCGAUGAACAAGCAAAGACAUGGAUACAAGGAAAAGUUGAAGAAGAAUUAAAACGCCUUGAAAGUGUCGGCGCAAAAGCCGUACCUUUAACCGUUAAGAAUUACAGUGUUAUUUUGGAUGAGAAUACGGAUACUGUAAUGAACAGAAUUGAGCUGAAGACCACUUUCGACUUUAAUCAUGUGCAACAGAUCCUCUUGUCUCCUCCUCAACCAUAUCCUCAUGAUUCGAAUCUAAGAUUUUUAUAUUUGGUUAUUUUGACAAAUUUACCUCAUCCUAUGCUGAUUCCUUACCUCUUUACGCCAAAAGUUGUCGGUAAAAACUUGUUACCAAGAGCUGAUGGACUUGUAGAAAACACUUUGAAGCGCUGGAUUUUCAUUAAUGAGAAAUUGCAAAGAGCUGAUCAUGUUGUUCGUGAAUACCAAGACGUUGAGGCAUGAGUUUGUGAUAGCGCAAAACAUCUACAGUCAGGAUGAUUCAUAUUAUCGGCGAAAUAUACUGACUAUGUACAUAUUUACAUUGGUAGUUCAUUUAUUUCAUUUUUUUGGGUUCUACUUACAAUGAACUAGAUAUAGUUUCUUGAAUUUACAUUAGCUUGUAACACAUGCCAUACCGAAGAAGACAUUACUUUGAUUUAGUCUGUAAAUGAACUAGUAACCUUGUAUAACAUUACCAAAUAAUCAAG